ACUCCAGCCACCAUCCAUUUGUGCCCAAACAGAGCGAAAGACCAAACCCAAACACCCCCAAAACUCUCUCUCUCUCUCUCUCUCUCUCUCUCCCUCUCUUCAACCACCAUGAGUCAUGAUCAUGACCUGUUCCAAUUGAGAGCCGUCAAAAAGUCACCGACCCCAACCCCCUUCUAAUCUUUCAACAAUCUCUCUGUUUUCCAUCAUUCCCACAAAUUCCCACUUCUCUGAUUUCUUCAAUUUGAUUUGAUUCGAUUCAAUUCAAUUCGAUUUCCCCAAAUUCCACUCGCCGGCGAUUUGGGUUUUCUGGAGAUGGCGGACAUAGUCAAGAAGCAGAUCUUAGCAAAGCCGAUUCAUUUAGCCGACCAAGUCAUCAAAGCCGCCGACGAAGCCAGUUCCUUCAAGUCCGACUGUUCCGAGCUCAAGUCCAAGGCUGAAAAACUCGUCACCCUACUCCGCCAAGCCGCACGCGCCGGCAACGACCUCUACGAGCGCCCCACGCUCCGCAUCAUCGACGACACCGAACAAGUCCUCGAAAAAGCCCUAGCUCUCGUCCACAAGUGCCGAGCCAACGGUUUAGUCAAGCGAGUCUUCACCCUCAUCCCCGCCGCCGCCUUCCGCAAGAUGUCGGCUCAGCUCGAGAACUCCAUCGGCGACGUCUCCUGGCUCCUCCGCGUCUCCGCUACCGGCGACGACCGCGCCGAUGAGUACCUCGGGCUCCCUCCCAUCGCCGCCAACGAGCCGAUUCUCUGCCUGAUUUGGGAACAAAUCGCGACUCUGUCCACCGGGUCGCUGGAUGACCGCGCCGACGCCGCGGCUUCCCUGGUCUCUCUGGCCCGAGACAACGAGCGGUACGGAAAGCUGAUCAUCGAGGAAGAUGGGAUUGGACCGUUGCUGAGAUUGGUAAAAGAGGGCAAAGUUGAGGGUCAAGAGAACGCGGCUCGAGCCGUGGGUCUUCUGGGUCGUGACCCUGAAAGCGUGGAUCGCAUGCUUCUUGGUAGUGUUUGCUCUGUGUUUGCCAAAAUCCUCAAAGAUGGUCCCAUGAAAGUUCAAUCUAUGGUGGCUUGGGCUGUUUCAGAGCUCGUUGAUCACCACCCUAAAUGUCAAGAUCUCUUUGCCCAACACAAUAUCAUUCGUCUUCUCGUCAGCCAUCUCGCUUUCGAGACCGUUCAAGAACACAGUAAGUACGCAAUUACUCAUAAAUCAUCCAUUCAUGCUCUUGUAGUUGCCACUAAUACUGCAAAUGUCAAUAACAAUCUCAAUAAAUCAAACGCGAAUGCGAAUAGAAUCCAGCAUCCUUUGGGUAAUAAACAACCCAGUCAAAUGCAUAAUGUGGUCGCUACUACAAUGGCCUUGAAUGCUAAAUCAAAGUUGCAGCACCAAAGUAAUGGUUUAAAUCAAACCAAUCAUGCUGAGACUAGCAACAAUAAUAGCAAUAGCAAUAGCAAUAGCAAUAGCAAUAGCAAUAGCAAUAGCAAUGCGGCGAAGCAAAACCCACAAGUCUAUCACCAUCACAGUAAUCAUUCGGUAACCGGGGCUAGCAUGAAAGGGAGGGAAAUGGAGGACCCGGAUACCAAGGCUUCUAUGAAAGCAAUGGCUGCUAGAGCACUUUGGCACCUUGCCAAAGGAAACUCAGCCAUUUGCCGGAGCAUUACUGAAUCGAGAGCUAUGUUGUGCUUUGCGGUUCUGUUAGAGAAAGGACCCGAAGAUGUCAAGUACAAUUCGGCCAUGGCUUUAAUGGAAAUCACAGCAGUGGCUGAGAAAGAUGCUGAUUUGAGAAGGUCAGCGUUCAAGCCCAAUUCGCCUGCUUGUAAAGCCAUUGUCGAUCAAUUACUGAAGAUCAUUGAUGAGGGAGAUUCAGAACUUCUUAUCCCAUGUGUAAAGGCUAUUGGAAAUUUGGCUAGGACUUUUCGAGCCACUGAGACAAGGACGAUAAGCCCAUUAGUACGAUUGUUGGAUGAGAAAGAAGCUGUGGUUUCUAAGGAGGCUUGCACUGCUCUCACGAAGUUUGCCUGCACUGAUAACUAUCUCCACCUUGAUCACUCCAAGGCUAUAAUUGAUGCUGGAGGAGCAAAGCACCUAAUCCAGCUUGCCUACUUUGGAGAACACAUGGUUCAGAGUCCUGCAUUGGUUCUUCUCUGCUACAUUGCUAUGCAUGUACCAGACAGUGGAGAGCAUGCUGAAGCCAACGUGCUCACUGUGCUUGAAUGGGCGUCGAAGCAAGGGCACUUGGGUCAAGAUACUGCAGUUGGGGCAUUGUUGCAAGAGGCGAAAAGUAGGUUGGAUCUUUAUCAAUCCAAAGGUUCAAGGUAAGGCUACAACUCGGGUUCAUUGAGAGUCUGUCCACGCUCAGUUGAAACAUAUAGAGAUUUGAUCUUUCUACAAUCCAUCUUACACUUCACAAUAUUUGUUGUUAGAUAAAAGUUUUUCUUUUCAACCAAAAAAAAAAAGAGAGAAAGUUAGAAGUUUCCCUUUUACUUUUUUUUUUUCGCUGUUGUAUUCUCCUGGAUUGUACAUACAAUUGGUUGUUGUAUUGUAUGCAAUUGUUUAGGAAAAUCCUCAAUUGUUUAUUAUUAUUAGUCUGUUUUAUGUUUAUUGAGAUUUCCUUGUUGAAGGCCUUU